UUUUCAACUGGCUUCCAUUUUGUUUUAGUUUAUUUGGUGUUAGUGCUACUACUGUUGUAGCUGUAUGAUAUUGUUGCAGUUAAGAAUUAUAUGUGAUUCUGAUGAAAUGUCACCUUUCCGUGUUUUUUUAGAUAAUGAUUCAGGUGCAGUGAAUUCAUCAGGCUAUCGUGCUGUUGCAUUUUCAUAUGAAAAUUCUAGCGUGUCCACCGAGACAAAGGACAAUGAUACUGACUCUAGUUUUCGUCCCAACUUUCCAGUACCAGAAAGCUUACUUCAUAAUCUGGUGAGUAACAUCUUUCUUAAAAUAUAAUCCGAUCAUGUGAUUUUCAUGUUUUAAUUGACCCUCUCAUUGUUUAACCAAUGUGACUAGGUGAUAAUUGUCUAGGGUACAUAUGUUAUUCUAAGGCUUAUGAUGUCUAAGUUUCAGAUGCUUGGAGCUUAAAGAAGUUCUUGUGACUCAAGGUAGCCAUUCACAGGCACCUUUUUUCCUUUUGAUAUCAUGAAAAGGGGCCGUGCAGGUGGGAUUAGGAUGGUAGAUAUUGUUGAUUCUAUACCUCUUGUGAGAAAAUGGGAUGAAACAUUUCUACAUAAAGCUCUAUUUCUUGAUCUUUAUGAUUAUUCAAGUAUAUAUGAGCCUCCAAACGAGAAGCUACAUCAGAUUAUUUCAAGGACUGCAAUGUUUGUCAGCAAACAUGGAAGCCAAUCGGAAAUUAUUCUGAGGGUGAAACAAGGAGAUAAUCCAACAUUUGGGUUCCUGAUGCCUGAUCAUCAUCUUCAUCCGUAUUUUAGGUUUCUUGUUGAUCAUCAAGAACUUCUGAAAGAUGACAAAAACGAUGCAGGCUCAACUUUGGACAAGAAUAGAAGUCAGGAACUGGAUCAAACAGGAGGUGCAUUGUCUUUGCUUGGAUCUGUCUAUGGAAAUGGAGAGGAUGAGGAUGGUACAACUGAAAAUACUAGUGACCUUGAGAGAAACGCACAUGUGGGAGCUGUUGAUGCUGCAUCAUCAGGGGUAGAGCAAGCACAAUCAUCUUCAGAUGCAGACAAGAAGGAUGGAAGCAUUUCUAAAAACCAAAUACCUUUGAAAGAAAAAGUUCCUGUUAUAAAGCGGAAUCAGUCUAUCAGUAUUGUUAAGACAGCAACUUCAGCUAGAACAAAAACAGGAGUUGCCCCAGAUUCGGGGUCUAAUGGUGCAAAUAAAUCACAAAUUUCUGUGCCCAGUACAUCUAAGAUUGAACUACCUGUUGUUGAACCUCCAUCUGACUUAAAGAUAAUUAUUGAUAAAAUAGUUGAGUUCAUCUUAAAAAAUGGAAGGCAAUUUGAGUCUGUUCUUGCUGAACAGGAUCGUGCUCAUGGAAGGUUCCCAUUUCUUCUGCCUUCUAAUCGAUAUCAUACUUACUAUCUGAAAGUUCUUCAAACUGCGGAAGAGUCUAAGUUACAAGGCAAGGGCUGCCAGAAGCACACUCCAACGGAUCCGUCUAUGAGUUCUGACCUACCAAAUGACAUGGACCGGAAAGAGAAAUUCAAGAUGACUAUUGGCAAUUUAAGGAAGGAUGGUCAAGAUCCAACUCCCAAAGACAGCCAAUCUCAAACUACAGUUAGCAUUCAUGCGGCGGCAGCCGCAGCUAUUCUUCAGGCAGCUACUAGGGGUAUUAAAAGGCCUAAUUUAGAAAUUUUUAGUAAGGCAUCAAGUGGUAAUGGUCAAGGCCUUGGAAGUGAUGGUGGGAAUUUGUACAGCUCUCGGAGUUUGCCGUCAUCUCAACUGCAGGGUCUUGUUCCACAUCGCAAUCUGAAUGCAGAGGCUGGUGCUUCUGUUCCAGUUGCCAAGGCUAUUGCAGAAAAAGUGGCUAUUGCAGCAGCAGGUGAGGCGGACUCCUCUGAAGCACAUAUGACUAAAGAGCAAAAGCUUAAAGCAGAGAGAUUGAAACGAGCAAAGAUGUUCGCAGCCAUGAUAAAAAGUGGAGCUGGGCCAUUUAAAAGUGAACUGCCAAGAGCUUUAUCUGUUGAGCCACCGAGCUCUGGGCUUUCAGGUUCAGAUGCUGAGAUUAGAAAUCUUGCUGGUAAAGAAAGGGAAGGAAGUUCUGUUCCAUUCAAUACUGAUAACUCAGAUAAAAGUCACAAGUCUGAGGAAAAGCUUUCUGAUGAUAAUUCAGAUAAAAGUCACAAGUCUGAAGAAAAACUUACUGUUGAUAAUAAUGAAAGGCGAUCAAAAAGGAAGUACCGUUCAAGAUCCAGUAAACAUGAAGAGGAGGAUGAUGAAGAAGAAGAAAAUAAAGAAGAUACAAGGGAUCACAAACGAUCCAGAAAAAAGCAUCGAUCACGUCGAUCUUCACACAGAAGUCGGGACAGGGAUGCAGACAGGGACAGAAACAGGCGGAAGCACAAGAGAAGAGAUUCCUCCUCCAACGACAAGUAUUCUCAUAGGGAGAGUAGGCAUGACAGCUCCUCUGAGGAGGUUGAGCAUCGACACUUGAGGCAUCAACGUAAAUAUGAAAGCUCCUCUGAUGAAAAACACCGCUCUUCUCGACGUCAUCGUGGAGGGAGCAAGUUGUCAGACCAUGAGCAUAGACAUUCGCGUAAACGUUAUAGUUCCUCUGAUGAUGAGCAUAGACAUUCACGUAAACGUUAUAGUUCAUCUGAUGAUGAGCAUAGACAUCCGCGUAAACAUUAUAGUUCAUCUGAUGAUGAGCAUAGUCACCGGAGCAGAAAGACAAAGCAUAAGAGCAGGUCUCAUGCUGAAAGAGAGGCAGAGUUGGAGGAGGGGGAGAUAGUGAAAUCAGACAAGUCACAAGUAAGCGAGGUUGGGCGGGCUAGCAGGGAGGCUUCUGCUGAAUUAUUUAAGUCUACAAGGGCACCCUCUCAGUCACCUGAAGUAACUAAUGUUUCUGAUGAGCUUAGAGCCAAAAUUAGAGCCAUGUUGAUGGAAAAUUUGUAAAAGCAAAAUUAGGCUCCUAAUGUAUUUUUAAUCCUCGUUAGAUCAUAGUUCCACUGUUCCAUCAGGCAUAUAUCAUUUGGCUUUUAUUAUUUAUUGGUCUGUAGUUAGUUAUCUAGUCCUUUACUUACCUAACAUAGCAAUUUGGCUUUUAUCAUUUGGCUUUUAUUAUUUAUUUGUAGAAGCAAAAUUAGGCUCCUAAUGUAUUACUUACCUAACACGGCAAAUUGAAAAGAUUCAGGCAGCUAGCUGAUGAAUUUUUGCGUAUCAA